AAGUCAGAACUCGGGGCAAAGUUUCACCCGGCGGUCUCUAGAGGCCACUCCACCGGAUUGCGGGGCGAGCGCUCGGAAGUGCCGCGGGGCGAGCUAUUCAAGUAGAACCUGCUCGGCCGUGGCGAAUACUUAGUAAAGAAGGCGGCGGGGAAAGCUAAAUAACUGUUGAUCUGGAGCCACUUACAAAGCAGUCAUGUCGUCAACAUCCCAGAAGCAUAAAGAUUUUGUGGCAGAGCCCAUGGGUGAGAAACCUGUGAUGGCUCUUGCUGGCAUCGGAGAGGUCCUUGGUAAACGACUGGAAGAAAAGGGCUUUGACAAGGCAUACGUUGUCCUUGGACAGUUUCUGGUGCUAAAGAAAGAUGAGGAGCUGUUUCGGGACUGGUUGAAGGAAGUUUGCGGGGCAAAUACCAAGCAGCAAGGUGACUGCUAUAGCUGUCUUCGGGAAUGGUGUGACUCCUUCCUAUAAACUGUAUAUUGUUUUUUUGGUUUUUUUUUUUGUACUUUUGAUGUUCCUCUUCACUGAUUUUUUUUUUAAUCUACUCAGCUACUCCCUACAAACUGACACUGCACAAAGUAAUGAGUUUUGUUAAAGUCAACCAGUUUUAAAAUAUAGUCACACUUAUUCCCAUAACAUUUCGAGACUGAGCUUAAAUUCACCCACAGCGGAAUUCACACAUGCUGUUCUCAUGAUGUAUGAGAAAUCAGUCUUGAUUUUGAAGUGCAUACACAUUCGGUCUGGCUGUUAGUAAUAUUCUCAACAAACAUCCUCCAAGUUCAUUUUUUUGUGGCAGAAUGCUUUUGAGAACCAAGAAAGUCAGUGUUCUACCAUUUGUCUGAAGAGUAGAAAUUAUCUUGAGGUCACUACAUUAAAAUUUUUGACAAUUUCCUUUUUUUUAAGCAAUGAAACCCCACUUUUCAUGUUUGCAGGUUUAAACUUAUUGGAAUAAAAGAUAAACACUUUUAGAUUAAAUGUCAGUUAUUCUCUGGGCAUAUUGCCUCCUCUGUGAUGCUCUGUAAUUCUGGCUUAAUUUUAUUAAUAAACAUUUUAGCCUCACCGAAA